GAGAGAGAGAGGGUCCAGCCAUACAAGAUGGAGUGCGAGUGGAAACCAGACGAGCAGGGACUUCAGCAGAUCUUACAGCUGCUCAAGGAAUCACAGUCCCCCGACACAUCCACGCAACGUUCCGUCCAACAAAAACUUGAGCAGCUCAAUCAAUACCCGGACUUCAACAACUACCUAAUAUUUGUGCUCACAAAGCUAAAGACAGAAGACGAGCCCACUCGGUCUCUCAGUGGUCUCAUUUUGAAAAACAACGUUAAGGCCCAUUACCAGAACUUCCCAAACGGCGUGUCUGACUUCAUCAAAAAUGAGUGUCUGCAGAACAUUGGAGACUCCUCACCGCUCAUUAGAGCCACAGUGGGUAUUCUGAUCACGACUAUAGCCUCUAAAGGAGAGUUACAGAACUGGCCGGAGCUUCUACCUAAACUCUGUUUACUGCUGGACUCCGAGGACUAUAACACUUGUGAAGGGGCUUUUGGAGCCCUGCAAAAGAUCUGUGAGGACUCUGCUGAGAUCCUGGACAGUGACAUGCUGGACCGCCCACUCAACGUGAUGAUCCCAAAGUUCCUGCAGUUCUUCAAGCACAAUAGCCCCAAAAUCAGGUCUCAUGCCAUUGCCUGUGUCAACCAGUUCAUCAUCAGCAGAACACAGGCCCUGAUGCUGCACAUAGAUCCUUUCAUUGAGAACCUGUUUGCACUGGCAGGUGACGAGGAGCCUGAAGUGAGGAAGAAUGUGUGCAGAGCUUUAGUCAUGCUUUUGGAAGUCAGAUUAGACCGACUCCUUCCUCACAUGCACAACAUCAUCGAGUACAUGUUGCAGAGGACACAAGAUCAGGAUGAAAAUGUCGCUCUGGAGGCCUGUGAAUUCUGGCUCACACUCGCUGAGCUGCCUGUGUGUAAAGAGGUCCUAUGUGGACACCUGCCCAAAUUGAUACCAGUUCUUGUGAGUGGAAUGAAAUACUCUGAGAUUGACAUAAUCCUGUUGAAGGGUGACGUCGAGGAGGACGAAGCAAUCCCAGACAAUGAGCAGGACAUUCGCCCGAGGUUCCAUCGCUCACGUACUGUGGCCCAACAACACGAUGGGGGAGAAUCCAUUGAGGAAGAGGAGGACGAUGAAGAUGAGCUGGAUGAUGAUGAAACCAUUUCAGAUUGGAACUUGAGGAAAUGUUCUGCAGCUGCACUAGAUGUCCUGGCGAAUGUUUUCAGAGAUGAUUUGCUGUUGCAUAUUCUUCCUUUACUGAAAGAACUGCUGUUCCAUCCAGAGUGGCUUAUUAAAGAGUCGGGCAUACUUGUACUGGGAGCCAUUGCUGAAGGCUGUAUGCAGGGGAUGAUCCCCUACUUGCCAGAGUUGAUUCCUCAUCUGGUACAGUGUCUGUCUGAUAAGAAGGCACUGGUUCGAUCCAUCACUUGCUGGACUCUGAGCCGCUACGCACACUGGGUUGUUAGCCAGCCCCCUGACAUCUACCUCAAACCACUCAUGACUGAACUACUCAAACGGAUACUAGACCGCAACAAGCGUGUCCAAGAGGCCGCCUGCAGUGCCUUUGCUACCCUUGAAGAGGAGGCUUGCACUGAGCUGGUGCCGUACCUUGCUUUUAUUUUGGACACGUUGGUCUUUGCUUUCAGUAAAUACCAGCACAAGAACCUUCUCAUCCUCUAUGAUGCCAUUGGGACUCUGGCUGACUCUGUGGGCCAUCAUCUCAACAAACCAGAAUAUAUUCAGAUGCUGAUGCCUCCAUUGAUUCAAAAAUGGAACCAGCUAAAAGAUGAAGAUAAAGAUCUCUUUCCCUUACUGGAGUGUCUCUCGUCUGUGGCCACCGCCCUGCAGAGCGGCUUCCUGCCAUACUGUGAACCUGUCUACCAGCGCUGUGUCAACCUGGUCCAGAAAACACUCGCCCAGACUGUGCUCCACCAGAGUCAGCCUGAGUUGUAUGAAGCUCCUGAUAAAGAUUUCAUGAUUGUAGCUCUGGAUCUGCUCAGUGGAUUAGCAGAGGGUCUUGGAGGGAACAUAGAACAGCUAGUUGCCCGCGGCAACAUCCUCACUCUCAUGUACCAGUGUAUGCAGGAUAAAAUGCCAGAGGUUCGACAGAGUUCUUUUGCUCUUUUGGGAGAUCUGACCAAAGCCUGCUUCCAGCAUGUCAAACCUUGCAUUGCGAACUUCAUGCCAAUAUUAGGCACAAACCUGAACCCAGAAUUGAUAUCAGUCUGCAACAAUGCAACAUGGGCCAUUGGAGAAGUAUCCAUUCAGAUGGGUUCUGAGAUGCAGCCGUAUGUCCCGGUGGUUUUACAGCAGCUUGUGGAGAUCAUAAAUAGACCCAGCACACCCAAGACACUGCUGGAGAAUACAGCAAUAACAAUUGGUCGUCUUGGUUACGUUUGUCCUCAAGAGGUGGCACCCAUGCUACAGCAGUUUAUAAGACCCUGGUGCACCUCUCUACGCAAUAUAAGAGACAAUGAAGAGAAAGACUCUGCGUUCAGAGGAAUCUGCACCAUGAUCACAGUCAACCCUGGUGGUGUGGUGCAGGACUUUAUAUUUUUCUGUGAUGCUGUUGCAUCCUGGAUGAACCCAAAAGAUGAUCUUCGAGAAAUGUUCUAUAAGAUCUUGCAUGGGUUUAAGAACCAGGUUGGAGAUGAGAAUUGGAGACGCUUUUCUGACCAGUUUCCCCUUCCACUCAAAGAAAGACUUGCAGCCUUCUAUGGGGUGUAGAUGUUACCUGAUUGAAGAGCUUAUUCACUACGGGAGAGGAUGGGAACCUCUGAUACCCAGGGCAUAUGUUGCCCUUUACCUGGGGGGAAGGGUGGUCUAGCAGGGGUAGGAGCCAUACGGCCCACCGGACCCCUGUAGACAGGGUGGGAGGGAAGUGUUAGCUGAGGCACUAGUCGACGACACCUUGCCAAGCCAAACCAAAAUAGGGAGGAAAGCUUUUUCAUCAUGUCAUAACAAUCAGCCAUGAUGGCAAAAACAAAAUACAUUGUUAGCAUUCAUUCACUAGGGCACUUAGUGUAACGGGACACCCAGUGGCAAAAAAAAACAAAAAACAGUGAGACGAAGAUAAGGUAACACAAUGUAACUCUAGAAAUACAAGUCCUCUCAUAUCAUUGAUAGUGAAAUGGUUUUGAUCUUUGCCAUUUGUUUUGGAUCAGCAGUGAUGCAACGAUAAAGGAAUACAAAUCUGAAUAACUGCAUACUUUUCUGUCUUGGUAAAUGAAGUUGGUAUGCACAAAUUGAGAGGGAAGACUGCAUAUUAACGCAGUGAAGAUGGUUGAAUGGUGCAAACAUCUGCUCUGUCGAGUCACACUUUCUGAUCUCCAGCGUGGCUUGACAUGGAUCCAAACUAGUGAACCCUAAACACAUUUUUUUGUUCACAUUCGAAACAUACAUCAGCUAUUUACUUUUGCUUAGUUUGCUCAGAGCAUGAUUUUGAAGAUGCUUGUGAUAUCUUU